AUGGAUCAGAAUUCAACGCAAUCAAGACCACAAAGACGAAGAAUGGACGAAACUUUGAAAUCCUCCAUUGAAAUUAUCAGACUAACAAUCAGAAAACAGCCCUUUAUCAUCAUUCGACUCACUUUUUGGUUGGUAGUUUGGAUCAUGAGCAUUGCUCACUUAGCAGAUUGCGUUCAAUUCUUUCGACUCUCACUGGAUUCUGUUGUUCCCCCCAAUACACCAUUACCCAAUGGCAUUGAAGAUUCCAGACGCCAAUCAGUUCCUUUCCUUAUCAUGUUGGGUGUCCUACUCACAACUCUUAUGCCUAUCAUCAUCGUCGCACCACUGUUCAAAGUGGCGGCGUUCCUCACUUACGUGGUCUCUGAGUUGGCUUGGGUCUCGAUCAUAGGAUUUCUGCUUAUGUGCGGUGGUGCCGGAUUAGCUCCUACUGGCAACUCACCCAAGAUGCCAACUCAAUUACAAGCUCUCUUUUCAAAGACCAUUGGACUUACCUUCACGCUAUUCAUCUUACUCUUCGUAUACUCAAUCCUCCUUGUAAUCCUCUACUUUCAUCAUCGCGGUCGUGGUACGCUUAAAAUCUUCACGAUGCCUCUCAAUGAUUUAAUUUACCCGACUGAAGACUCAAGACCUGAAGUCGAUGUACCACUACCAACCGAUCCAGAAAAGGGCAAUUCCAUAGACUCUGUUUCAUCUGCCAAUAGUAGAAACCUACCGACCUCAAUUCUAAAACAUCCUGCUCAAACUUAUAAAUCUGAUGGCAGACGCGCGACUCUUCCUGCUGAAUUUGAUCCUCAAACUCCUACUUCAGGUUGGGAUGAAGAUGAAGAUGAAGAUUCACGUCGUCAUCGGUUAUCUACUUUUAGGCGUGAAAAACGCAAAACCAAGAAAUGA